UUUUCUCCCUCCGUCACCUCCCUUCUCUCCCAAUUUACCUUCACACUCUUCCCACUAUCUUAAACACCCCUCCUGGCUUCAGCAGCUGCACGCGCCCGUCUCUUCAGACUUAUGGCUACUGCUACUGACCCUCUCGGCGACGGUGCGACAGUCUCACUUCCACCAGCCCGCGAGAUCCCCUCGACGUUCGCUGCAUCGUUCAAAUCUUGGUGGUCAGCUGGAGAGAAGCAGAGCGCACAUAGUGAAGAGCGUCUUCUACGACGCCUACCAUUCUUCAAGUCUUCUUCACAACAGUCUCUCUCCGAGGAUGGUCCGGUCGUCGCCCGGAGUACCCAGGUCGCCCUCGACAAUCCUAAACAUUACCUAAACACCGUGUCCUUCACUCCCACCUCCCCAUCUCACAACGGACCACCACCACCAGUCUUCCUUCACGGAUAUGGUGCCGGCCUCGGGUUCUAUUUCCUCAACUUCCCAACCUUGGCCCAGUGGGUGUCUAAGCAAGGUACACCCGCCUAUGCUCUCGACUGGCUCGGCAUGGGUCGCUCCGCUCGCGUUCCCUUCCGCGUCAAGGCUCGACGCGACGAUAUAGAGGGGAGGGUCGCCGAGGCAGAGUCUUUCUUCGUCGACUCUCUGGAGCAGUGGCGGCAACGAAUGGGGUUGGAGAAGAUGACACUCGUCGGUCACUCGCUUGGCGCAUAUCUCAGCGUAGUUUAUGCGUUGAAGUAUCCCACUCGGGUCAGCAAGUUGGUCUUGCUUUCGCCUGCGGGCGUGCCGAGGGAUCCGAAUAAUACCACGAUGCCUUCGAGGGAGGUGACGGAUGAGCAGAUGAGUGGUUCUGAAGGGCCGGAAGCGGCGACGAGACGGAAUGUGAACGAGGUUAGGCAGGAGCAGGCGGCUCAGAAAAGACAGGAGAGUACGAGGGCCAAAUUGUUCACCUAUCUAUGGGAAGAAGGAUGGAGUCCUUUCCAGGUUGUACGGUCGACUUUGUUCUGGGGACCCAUGCUUGUUGGCAAGUACUCGUCUCGACGGUUCUCGGCGUUGAGCGAAGAGGAGACGAGAGAGAUGCAUGACUACAUUAUGAACAUCACAUUGGCAAAGGGUUCUGGGGAGUACUGCAUUUCCCAUAUAUUAGCACCAGGUGCUCACGCUCGGAUGCCUCUCGUCGAUCGAAUCGCGGCACUCGAUAUCCCAGUCACCUUCGUUUACGGCGAGCAUGACUGGAUGGACCCAGAAGGCGGAGUUCAGUCCAUAGAUAACAUGCGCGCAGCUGGCAAUGAGGAUGGAAGGAUGUAUAUCGUACCCAGAGCUGGCCACCAUGUAUACCUCGACAAUGCGAAGGCCGUCAACAAGCUCCUCAUGAAGGAACUCGACUAUCGUGAUUGAUCGGUACCUCCAUCUCGCUGUCGUCGGAGACCGUGGUAGAGCGUUGAGGGGCCCCGUUCCUCUGUUUGGCUCAACCAUGGUCCCAAGACUUUCACCUUCUUUUUCUCUGGUUGUCGCAUGUUGUGGUAUGGAUAGUGGGGAGUCUCUCAUCGCUAGAUCAUCUUGGGACGUGUACUCGGACUCUAUAAUCUACGAAUGUGUUGUUGUCUUGUUCUCUCUUGUACUUAAUAUGCUUUUAGGUCUACGCUUUAGCGGUUUUCAGUCUGUCUGAAUUCUGCCGCCUGAAGGUUUUGAAUUCUCUAGAUAAUGUGCCUCUGAGUAGGCAGAACUUUGGUGUGGCCCACUACGAUAAUCAUUAGCUGCCGCCGUGCCGGGCGUCGACCUACAGUGUAGGCCCACUCCUUAAUCCGCCAUUCUAAAUUAAUUCAUUUUCUCGC